AUGCAAAAGCUAACCGGCCUCCGCAAUGGAUUGCGGAGAUUCGAGAUAGAAAGACAAUUUACAGAGAGUGAGGAGAGAGAAGGCGGAGAUGAGGCUGUUAACCCACAAUAUGUUAUCGUCCAACAUCAAGGGCAUGUCCAACGGCUUCCCACUGCGAAUCGAAGUCGAGAAAGUUAUCGAGAAGCAAGUGGACUUCAACGCCGACUUUCUGAAGAACAUGUUCGCCAAGAUCGAGUGGAAGGCCCUCAUAGACGUCUCCAGGUCCAUGGGCUACCCGGCGAGGCCGACCCUUCGAUGCUAGACUCCGAUGACUUUCUCCAGAAAUUCCACCAUGCGCUCCUUGAGCUCCACCUCGAAGAAGGUGCUCUUGUCUGCCCUGAGACCUGCUGGAAUUUCCCAUCAAUAAGGGUAUUCCCAAUAUGCUUCUUCAUGAAGACGAGCAGGAAUGCUCCUCGGAUUUUUCUCAAGCAAGGAACCUCCCUCCUCAAGCUAAACUGCUCCUGCUUCAUGAUCAGCAAGGAGUGAAGAAGCUCAGAAAGAAAAUUUUUCUUUUUUGAUUCUUUGUACACUUGAGUGAUUGCUUCUUGUAAUUGUAAUUGAAAUUGAUUUUUUGAAAAUGAAAUAAAAUAGGGUAUU